AGUAAGUCUCUCUCCAUAUUGGUUUUUGUUGACAUUGGUGAGGAAGAAUCUUGCCUUCAAAACUCGUUGAUUUUUCCAAUUAAGAACCACGAUGCCAGCUAAAGCAGAAGAUAUCAUGAAAGGGUUCAAACUAAACUGGAUGAAUCUGAGAGAUGCAGACAGUGGUAAAAUAUUAUGGCAGUCAAGUGAGGACCUUUCAGCACCUGGUCUUGAUCAUGAAGCACGGGUUCCAAAGAAAAUUUUAAAAUGUCGGGCAGUAUCUCGAGAAAUAAAUUUUUCAUCAAAAGAGGCUAUGGACAAAUUCAGAUUAGAACAAAGAGUUUUAUUUAAAGGGAAAUGCUUAGAAGAGUGGUUCUUUGAAUUUGGUUUUGUGAUUCCUAGUUCUACGAACACCUGGCAAUCAGUUAUAGAAGCUGCCCCUGAAAGUCAAAUGAUGCCAGCAAAUGUUCUUACGGGGAAUGUAAUCAUAGAAACACUUUUUUAUGAUGGAGAUCUUCUAGUCAGCAAGUCCAAAGUGAAGAUAUUUUAUGUUUAAAGAAGAUGGUUGUUGGUCCAUUGAAUGAAGCCAUUAUUCCAUUUUGCUGAUGUGAAAGGUACAUGUUCAUUGAUAUUGAACUUUUCUGAAUUAUGGGGACUGGUCAGGAGUAUAUUCCACAGCUUGAAUAAUCUGUUGCACACUACUCAACUAUUUCUGUCACAGCUGUAGACCUGCAUCUAAUUUUCUAUGUGAUUUAUUGAUAUAAUCAAAUAGACUUGAAUAUGAAAAGCAGCAGUUCUUUUUAAAAACUUUGUCGAGUCUAACAUUUAUAAGUAAAGAAUGUGUCUUUACUCCUUGCACCGCACUGUUGACAACGAUAAAGUUAUAGCUGCAGAAUUUUAUAACUUUGCAAUGGCUUCAUAGAAAUGAAAUUGUAUUGAAAAAGCUUACAUCUAGAAACGUGUAGCUGUUUUCUGUAGGUUAUGGAAAUCAUUGCAAGAGGUUCUAUUUGUGUAUUUAUUUGUUGUUAAUUUUAAAAUCUAAUGUACAGUCCUUAAUGAAUGAAAAUUUACUUAUGACUUGUGAUUAAGUUCAAAAGUAUCGGUGAGUAAAUGUGUACAUGGAUUUUGCAUUUCAUUGAGAUUAUUAUAUUUGCACCGGUCUUUUGAUUUUGUGUGUUCAGUUGUAGCUUAAAACCAACUGUACAUGUUUGAAAGUGAUGUUUGAAAUUUCAGACUGGGUUAAUGAGGUAACUGUUUAGAAUGUCCGACUUGCAAACAAUUAUUAUAUUUUGUACUUUUGGAGAUUUCUAGAUGUCACAUGGUGUUUGUGAUUUGUAGAGAAGAUUCCUACAUUCCCCAUUGAUUACCUUAAUAUAGUGUUGUGUUCUUUCAAUUAUUUUUGACUGUCUUGAUAUAAAUGAUUGAUGCUGCUUUACGGAAAAAAAAAUACCUGUUGAAAUUCUUCUCCUUCAUUGUUAUUUUCAGUAUAUCAACAUACGAUAAUGUGAUUUUCCUUACAAGAUGCAUAUUCUGUAGAAAUGAGUUAUUUUUGAUCUGUCAAAUAGUCUCCACUUUUCAAAUGUGCGAUCAGUGUGAAAAUAAAUAUGUACACAUAAUACAUUCUCAAAUAACUACAUGCAUUAAUUUUAAUUUAUUUUGUUAGUAUAACUAAGAUAAAGAAAGAAAGUAUAUUGUAAUAAACUUAAUUUGUAGCUCCUAUGAUGUAUUGCAUACAUGAGCUGUAUUUAUUAAUAAGCCAUUGCCUUCUAGAUGGCUUUUGCCCUCAUUUAUUUUUACAUUGCUAUAAAAAGGCAAGUGGAAGAAUAUUACAUCCAUAUGGCAAAACAAGAAAGAGAUAUGUUCAAAAUAUUCUUGGUAACUCAUUUGUAGUGUCUGUUUUUUCUGGGUGAUUUUUUUAUGCUAUUAAGUGCAUCCUGAAUUAUACUUUAGAUUAGCAAAUAAUUGUAGCUAGCAAAAUAGGAUGGCAUUAUGCAUUUGUUUGUCCAGCAUGGAAAUUUUUAUACACAAGUAAGAUGAAAAAUAAGACCAUGCAUCUUUAAUUAAAAAAUAAUGUUGAUUUGCACUCUCCCAAUUCAAGGUUAAAAAAAAUUGGUAGGUAGAUAGAUGGGAAUUUUUUUUAUCCCAGAAAAUUUCAUAUACCGGUACAUGUCAUUUACCUCAUAUUUUUAUGGAAUGAAAAUUUUGAGUCGCAACAUUUUUAGCCAGUUGGUUGGGUCAAGCAAAAUAUAUUUUAAAGAUGGCCCAAUGGACAAAUAAUUUUUAUUUAUUUAUUGAUGAAGUAGUUUGAAUAAAUGUUUUCAUAAAAUGAGUGGACAGUGUGAAUUUUAUUUGUAUAUACAUGUAGUGAUUAAGCUGUAGUUAUAUUUUCAUACAUAAUGUUAAUGAAAAGAAACUUGGUGGUGUAUGUAUCUCAGUAGUGAAAGUUUAUUAAUGUACGUUUCUUUUAUUUCACACAGUUAGUGAUACAUGUAUUGCAUAUGUUAUAAAGCAUUUUUUUUCCUUGUCAUUCUCUUAAACCAAUAUUUUUAGUCUAAAAAAUUGAUGCACAAAGAAGGCAUAUCUUUGUUAAAGUUGUAAUGUUUUGGUAUAUGUUGCAUAUAAAAAAAAUGUAAUGAACUUGUUUACUACAAUACUGAAGUAGUUACACAUUAAUGAAUAAUUCAUGUUUAAAGAUUUACACAUUUGAAAACAAAUUGAGAAUGAUACUGUCAGAGACAGGAAUUUGAAGAUAAUGGAAAAUGUAUAAUGAACUUGUGAUAUGUUAUAUAAAUGUGUGAAUUAAUAGAUGCAUAAUUUACAUGUAUGAUUAUGAUGAAUGGAUGAAUUAAAUGAUUUGAUUGUUUCA